AUGGAUCCUUGGGAGUAUGAUGAUAUUUUAUACCAGGAGUUUACUCAGGAUACAGAUUUUCCAGCUGUUCCAGAAGUUGAGGAUGAUUUAGCUCCUUUCAAAACCACAUCUCAAAAAUUUUGCGCGUUACCUCCAUCUCCUGAGGACAAUGCUUCCUCCCUAGUUUAUAAUUUACAAUCCCGCUCUAGCCAUCUUACAACGAAUUCUGAAUGCGUGAAUCCAUCUCAGAUUAAUCCUUUUGAAUAUGCUUCCUUAACUAGCAACUCUGAAUGCUUGUAUCCUGUAAGCCCGAAUGCUACAUUAUCGGAAAGUUCUACACCUGAAAUCUCAAACCCGCGAGUUCACUACCCUAAAGAUAGCCAUAAGAGAACUCUUCUUUAUAGAAAACUUCAUCCUCAUCAUUAUGCACUUCUUUCGAGAUCGUUUGAUGCAAGUCCUUUCCCCCGCAUGCCUUCACAAAAUAUAAACCUCGAAUAUCUUCGUCAAACUGGUUUUAAUGAUCCUAUUAUAUUUCCUUCUAUUGAUAUUCAAAAUACGAACCAGCUUACCCUUAGUAAAAUUGCAAUUCUCGUUGGAAAUGAUUGCCCUCUUCAUAUAGUCGAUGUGGUCACACAAAGGCAGCUUUCUAACAAAAUGACUAUGAAGCAGUGGCUGCAAUACAUGAAACAGAAACCAUCCGAACGUUCUAGGAUAUACGACGUUUUAAGCUUCGAAGUAUCAAGUACAAAACUUGCUCUUUAUGUUCGGAAACCCGACAUUGUUCGCGACCUUGACCUUAUAAAUAUAGUGUGGCCGCCCAGUGCUUUUGCUUCAGGCGAUUGUCCUCAUGUGGAUACUUAUUGUCAAAUGUCAGCCGAGAACUCGUAUAUCGAUUUUCAUAUAGAAUUUGGUGGAUCAAGCGCUUAUUACAACAUUUUGGAUGGCUACAAAAUUUUUUACCUGAUUCCUCCUUCCCAGGAACACUGGAAUGCUUAUACAUCAUGGCUAACAGCGAAUGAAAGUAAACGAGAGCACUUUCUACCAGAUAUGGUGGAUAAAUGCUAUCGAGUGGAAGUUCGAGCAAAAGAAACUAUUGUUAUCCCUUCUGGUUGGAUUUAUGCGGUUGAGACUCCUUGUGAUACAAUUGCAAUCUCUGGCAAUUUUCUCACUAGUCUUCAUAUUCAAUCCCAAAUUUAUAUAAACGAACUAGAAGUCAACCUAGGUAUUGAGCGAGAAUUUCAAUUUCCAUGCUUUGAAAGUAUUAUGUGGUACACUGCAGUUCAUUUCUAUUUUGCUUUUCCUGACAAUGGUCCAAGAGAUGGCAUUGAUGAUAUGCUCUCGAUAUAUGAAACUGGUUCUUUGCUUGACAUAGGAAAGUUUACAUCUCAAGAACUGCGUGGAUUUGAAGAAUUGCUUAAUUAUAUUUAUAUACGUGCGCAAAUACUUCGCGAAUGUGACUUUAUAGUGGAUAUUGACCAAAAUCAUGUUCAGGUUCAACAAGAAAAUGGAUUCGAUGUUGCCUGGAGAAUGGUUCCUCCUUUAUUAGAAGAAAUAUGUGUCGAUUUUGUUAGAAAAUUUAAUACUUGGCUUACCUAUCAUCAUGGUCGCAGUAUAUACAUGCCCUUUCUCUAUACAGCUCAAGAAACGAAUGUUGGGAGAAAGGAAAGGAAAAAGAUUCCUGACAAGGUUACUAUCACAUGUCAUCGGGCUAAAAAAGGCAGACUGUUUUCAGCGGUUGUUGUUCACACUCGUAGGUCUUUUAUUGAAGCUUGCAAGCUGGAAGAAGAAAGAAGUAUAAAGAGAGUCAAAACACGCUUGAAAAGUGAAGAAAUACGAAAUAUAAAUAAUGAUAUUCCCUGGGACCGAUUCUUCAAUCCAAACGCUAACAAUAUUAUCAUAAAUACACAAGGUCUUUCUACUCUGACUUUAUUAGGGCAAACUCUCACAGAUCUAACUCUAGGUUUAACCCAAAAUAAUUCACUUACGGUCUGUCUUAGCCGUCUAGUUUUAAGAGUUAUUAGAGGAUACACUCCACAACAACGAAGGCUAUUACUGGGAUCAUUAUUGACUAAAUUUUUUAGAACUUAUAAUUUUUUUUCACAUAAAAGGAUAAAACUAGUAUCAUCUGGCGAUGCUGAUAAUCAUACAUCACAAUCACAGGAGCAUGCACUUAUAUUACAUCCGCAUGUUUUUCUAAAGCGUUGCUGUGGGUCACAUUCACUUGCCCGAUAUUUUUCUUUCAAGGAAUUUUACGAUGAACAGACCAAAAUGAUGCAUAAUAAAUUUACUUUGCAUCAGCAACCUGAAAAAACAGUAUUAGUUUGCAAUUCCAAUUAUAAAAACCAAGAAACAUGUGAUACCAACGAUAAUAAACAAGCUCAUGCUACGGCGGAUAACUUUUUGGGGUUUUCAAGGCUAGUUUCAUCACCUUCAAGCAACGACGAUAGCUCGUUUGUGGAAGAUUGCUUUGACAUAGCGGACGCAAUCUCUUCCCCAAGUAAAGAAAAUCGGUCGAAGCGAAAGUCUGAUGAACAGAAUACGUCUCGAAAAAAAAGUCAAUUAAAAUCAACAAGAAAGUCAACGAGAACAAAGUCUGAAAGGUUUGAAAUGAAUGACUCUAGCAAUUUACAGACGGCGAUUAACUCACAUUUUCACUCAACCAAACUGGUUAAAGAACCGAUAAAGGACCGAAAACGCCCAACUAAAGUUGAGAGUAAAAACAAAACGCGUUCCAGUGAACGGAACUACAAUUUUCGAUUAUUAGACGACCAGGAUCAAGAUCAUAUUUACGAUUUCGCAGAUGAACCGCCUCCCAAAAUUCGUUUGAAAUUAUUAUGA